AUGGCUGCUAUUUUGCCAUUUGAAACUGUUCUAAAAGAAAUAUAUUUGAAUAACAAUGAUUCAGAAUUAUCCCCGAAUCGUCCGCUUUACUCCAGUAGCGACGAAGAAGAGCCAAGAUAUGAUUUCAUCGGAGAAGCUGUCAAUAUUUUCGCCACUUGUGAUGAGUUAGGUCAAAAUAAGGUGCAUUUUGCUCACGAAGCAAGGAAAUACUUGAAUGAACUCUACAGGCUGCAUGUCAAAGGAAGCGAAACUUUAACAAUGAGCCGUUCAUUGCUGAAUACUGGAGCCAUUUUCAAAGAUGAAGCUCGUACUUGGUUGGGUUAUAUUCACAGGAGGUUAAUCGCGAGCCACGGAUACGAAAACCAUGGUAUUUUGAAUUUACAAGAGAUAUCCCCAAGGAAAUUUUCUUAGCACUCAAAGAUGCACUCAGGUCUACAAACAAUCCAAAUUUGCUGACCGACAUUAACAUGGAUGGCAAUCGGAAAGCCUUCGUUAUUAGUGUGACAUCACUGGCUCGUGUUGUAAGUUUAUUUACAGAAUUAACUGAAUUUAGCAAUAGAAAUGUUAAAUCAUAUCUUGCGAGGAAAGUGACCAGAUCGAAAGGCAUAGCAAAAGUCAUUGUUUCUGAUGUUAAGGAUUUUGCGUUGGUGUAUAAAUUUGCCAAAAGACAAUUAAGUAUUAACUGCCACUAUGGAUUCUGGAAUACUUAUGGUUUCCCUCAGCAUGACUAA